AUGCAAUCAGCUCUCUAUGCAUCUCCAACCUCCCACCACUUUCUCCCCUCAUGGAAAAUCCCCCAACCCCAAUUCACAGCCUCGCUCCCCACAAAGCUCCGUAUCAAAGCCCCAACCUUUACCAACUCCUUGAGAACUUCAAUCGGGUACGACCCGGAAGAAGCCCUCGGAGACGACCCGGGUCCUGUUCCGGGUCGGCUCCCGGUGGUGGUUCGGAGGUCGGGUCGGGUCUCCAGGUACUUCUGGGAUGGGGAGUGUUUGCAAUUAGUGAGGGUUGACGGCUGUGCGGCGUCGUUUGGUGGUUUGGAUUUCGAAGAUGGAUUUCGGAAAGUUUGUAGAGUUUGUAGCUGUGGUGUUAGGGAUUUCUUUAUCCCCAAGCAAGUGAGUGAGAAUUACAUGAGCUAUGUGAAGUGGAAAUUCUUGCACCGGGUUUUUAGCUCUGCUUUGCAGGUUCUUGCUACUCAGGCAAUGUUUCGGGCCAUUGGGAUUGGUUACUCUCGUUCGCUUCCAGCGGCUGCUGCUCUUAACUGGGUUUUGAAGGAUGGACUUGGAAGGCUGAGUAGGUGUGUCUAUACUGCUAGCUUAGCAUCUGCUUUUGACACCAAUUUGAAGAGAGUUAGGUUUUCCACCUCGGUUCUGUUCACGUUGAGCAUUGGAGUUGAGCUGCUGACACCUGCAUAUCCUCAGUAUUUCCUGCUUCUUGCGUCUUUAGCCAAUGUUGCAAAGCAAAUAAGCUUGGCUUGCUAUAUAGCAACUAGUUCAGCUGUUCAUCGAAGCUUUGCAAUAGCAGAUAACCUUGGUGAACUUUCGGCAAAGGCACAGAUUCAAACGGUGUGCUUUGAUAAUCUUGGCCUUUUGCUUGCUGCAUUGUUGAAUAUGCUGUUGAAGAACAACCCAAGAUUGCAGACAAGCUUGCCCUUUGUCAUAUACCCCAUUUUCUCAGCACUUGACCUUUGUGGAAUAUAUCAAGGGCUUAAACAUGUUCAUUUACAAACAUUAAGUAAGGGUAGACUUGAAAUUCUACUAAAUACUUGGAUCAAGUUAGGUAAAGUUCCUUCACCUGCAGAAGUCAGUAAAGAAGAAGGAAUCGAUUUUCUGCAGAGCAAAGGAUCAUGGCCCAUCAGAAUAGGAUACUUGGAUCCCAAGAAUCAGAUCCCAAAGUUGUCCAUGAUGGCGAUGAGAUCUACUAGUGAUGAUGAUUAUUACUUCAUAUCCAUGGAGACAUUUUAUACAAGAAAACGAAGAAUUCAACAACAUGGAAUUCUUCUUUGUCUUCGGGAAAGAGCCAGCACUGCAGAUAUUAUCAAGGGUCUGUUGCAGGCAUGCUAUAUCCGCAGAGUCCUGCUUAUGGACGAGAAUAGGUGGGCGGACAUGGUGGAUGCUGGAGAUGCAUUAGACUCAGCUCUAAACGAAUGGCGAAAAUUGAUUGAGGAGUCCAAAUGCCGUGCACAAGGCGAUAUGCGCCUGUUGAAUGAACAAAUGGUGGCACGAGGUUGGGCUACUAAGAAUAUCUUAUUGAAUACACGAGAGCAGAUUCGGUAUAGUUUUGUAGAUGACUGA